UGCCUCUCCCUUCUGUGCUGAGGUACCCUCGGCUCCGCCGGCCCUUUGCCGAGGUACCCGUCUCCCGGCAGCGUCCCCCGCUCACGGCAGGUUUUCUUUAAAGGAGUUCCCUAACACUUGUGCCUGCCUUUCCCAAUUCCUGGUCACCUCGUUAUUCUGCUAAGGCAAGACUUUUUUUAACUUUCUGACUGUCUUGUUCACAGGCGGACUUCUAAGCCUUACUUUCCACCUGCUUAGCAGGAGGCAGGCAGCGUAAAAAUACAGCAAAGGUAGUCUUAAGGACCUGUGUUUAGCAUAAAGAUAAAUUCUGUGUAUUGCCAGAGCUGCGCUGGAGGGAAAUUUCCUGCUGUGGAGACAUAUUAUGCCAUAGAAUAAGCUUCAGGAAAAAUGAGAAAUCUUCCAUUUGAGGCCUUUAAAAAGGGAGGAGGAGAAAAAAGAAAAAAAAAAAACCAACCUGUGGGAAGUCCUUGCUUGCCAGGUGUGGGUGAUUUACUGCUAGUAAGAGUAGCAGUUUCAAUUUUUGUAAUGAAAAGGGCUCAUUUGGUGCCCUUCAAAUAGGCAAUAUUGCAGGGCAUGUGUCCCACCCUGUGCUGUCUUGAUUUAUGGUAUAAAUGGGACUAGUUACAAAACACACCUCAAGCGUAAAGCCAGAAAAGGGGUUUAUGACCUGCUAGUCUGAUCUCCCAUAAGAGCAGAGAGGGCUUCAGAAAACUCAGUUUUGGAAUCAAUUUCACAAGUAAGAGAUUUGUGCUUCUUUUAAACAUUGUGCCUUCCCCCGUCCCAUGUCCAAGGUUCCCAAAGGCACAUUCCAAGAUGAGCUGGAGUGGUGCAUUUCGCAGCUGGACGCAAAUCUCCUUUGCGUCAACCCAACCCCAAAACAAGCAGAGGAGACACAGCACAUUCUCAAGGUUCUGCGCUCCCAUGAGACUCCUUUUGUGAAGAAGCAACAAAUGAUGAAUGAUGUGUUUGGGGAUUAUCAUCUCAAGAUGGCUGAGGAUCAGAAGAGCAUGAAGAAGGCAGACGUGAAACCUGGUGAUGUGGAAGUACAGCAAAGCAAUGGGCAGGCUUCAGAUGGUGUGGUAUAUGGGAAACAAUCUGACCGAAUCUCUGAGGCAAAGCCAAAGUGGUUCAUGUCAUCUGACAACAGCUUCCGAUUUGAUUUUACACUUUCUGAGAUUGACCCAGAAGGAAUUGAUACACCUUUGGAAGCAGUCCCUGGUGUCAGUGGUGCUGAGCAGAUACAAACCAAUGUAAGAGCCACUGAGCAGGAGAACUGGAAUGGAGCCUUGAGUUUUGCUGCCUCUGGACAAGAACCCAAGUUUGCUUUCAACUUUGCCAUCCCAGAUGAAGACUGUCCUCUGGUUCAUUUAGUUCCAGCAAGCCAACAUAUAGAGCGUACAGCAGAUCACGAAGUGCUGGGUAAUUCACUGCCUACUGAGUCAGCGGGUAUGCCACGGAUUUCAGCCUUGCAGGAGCCUGAGUUGACUCCAAUUACAGAUAGUGCACCCAAAGAGGAUAGAAGCCAUGUCACGUUAAAGAUCCCCCGACCAGAGACUGCUCCUGGAGAUGAGACAGUGACAGAGAAGUCAGCAGCAGAUGGGGCUGCCCAAAAGAAGAAAAAGAAGAAGAAACAAAAAACAUCUGUCAGUAAAAAGGAGAAAGAAGAAACUGAGAUCAACAGGAAGGCAAAGGCAGAAGCUAAUAGAUGUCAAAAUAAGGAUAAUUCCCACCAGGAUGAGACCUGUCAGCAGUCAGAUGACCAGCUGUGGAAAGAGGUGGACUGGUGUGUAGAACAGCUGGAACUUGGCCUGAAGACACAGAAAUCCACUCCAAAGCAGGUCGAGGAGGCUCUCCGUGCAAUCAAGACACUGCGCAAUGACAAGGCUCCACUGGUGAAGAAGCGUCAGCUCAUGAGAGCCAUGUUUGGAGACUACAGGAAGAAGAUGGAGGAGGAGCGGUGCAAAGAGCUGAAGCUCAUGGAAAUGGCUGUGAAAUCUGCCAGGAUCGUGGAAGUGAAGGGAAGCAUCCGCAACAAGAACUGCCGGUUCAUCCGGAAGUGCUCAGGAGCUUGCAGGAAAAGCCAAGGUUCAGCAGGAUCCCCUUCAGAGUCACUUGGGACACUUAACACAGGCUCAUUCAAAUUCACAACUUCCCAAGAAGAGUUUUGCUUUAAUUUCUUGUAGGAAAGUCUUUUAGACUAAAACUGUGGCUAAAAACUGUGCCAAAUCUCCCAUAAACUUAAGAACUGUGGAAAGAUGCUGUGCAGUAGAAGAUGUUAUGCAAGAAUCUCUGUGUAUUUCCUAAAGAAAGGUUCCUCUUUCAGAGUGCCUUAUCUAGAGGUUUAAAACAGAUGUGCCCAGUACACAUAUGACCCCAAGACUCAGUCUAUAUAGUCGUCCUCUGUCCUCACACUGUAGAAAGGCACCUUUGCAAAAGACCAGCACAGAGUCUGGAAGGAUCUGGUUUUCUUCCUAUAGAAUUGACAUUAACCUAAGAAUCUGUCUUUUAUACUGGGAGAUUUUCCCAUUCUCCUAUUGCUUUUAAAUAGAGCAGACCUUUUAUAGCAGAUAAGGCAGCGAUGCAUACAGAAGGGAAUGGUUUGUAAUGAAGAUCCAGCUUCUGUGAAGAUCCAGCAGUGUAAGUGUAAUGGAUAGUUGAAUGCUUCCACUCCAUAUAAGUCCGUGUGAAUGCAGCUUCUGGUAUCCAGAAAGCACUGGGCAGUAUGUGUCAUCACUGCCAUCUAGAGAGUAUGAGUUCAGGAUCUUGGAGGAAAAUGAGUGAGAAUCAUCCUUGCUCAUUCAUCUCUUUUAAUUGACAGGUAUAGACUUAAAAGAGAACUGCAAAUGCUGAUUUAGUCUAGCGUAGGGAUGUAAGGACAGCUGUUUCCAGACAGGGAAAGAUUUUUGUUGCUGAAGCCAGGUUCUAGCCAGCUAGGAAGGAUGUACAGUCAGUUCUUAAAAAAAGUUUAUAAGUAGCCCAGUUACAACCACCAGUGACUUGGAGGAUAAAUCAGCUGCAUGCCAAACCUUGGGUGGUGGUGAAAUGAACUGUGAGAGCCCAAAGACUCUCUUGCAUUUGAUGUGUAUUAAAUAUUUGCUUUCUGAACAGUUGAGUGUGUGUCUCCAGUGUUUUGAUACUGCUUCAGCCACUGAACCUAUCUCCUAUGUUCAUGCAGAAAGUCUUCCCACUAAGCCUAAAAAAGCUGAAGGAACAGAAGUCCUUUAAAAGGAAACAUGGUAUCGGGUGUCCCUAGGGUGCAGUGCUUUCCUUCCUUUUUAUAGUCCAGUCAUCCUGUAUGAGAAAUGAGAAAUGGGAGUGUAGGCAGAUUCCAGGGUGUACUGAGAACAGCUGAGAGAUGGUGGAAAACAUUUGCUGGGAAAGACUUCAAAAAACCUGAUGUUGGCUACAAAAAAAGUUAUUUUAUUAUUAAGCUCUGAUGCAGUCAGUUGCAUCUGUGGUGAUAUUUUUCUUGUUUUAAAUAUUUUAAAGAAUGCCUGUCUAGGCAUAAGGAGAAACUGAACCUGGGUAGCAUACCUGAUGAGGAGAAAUAUGCAGAGAAGACUUUAAGUCUUCUGGAAAUCAGUAGGUUAGCAGAUUAUUAUUUUACUUGCCAAGGAGCACUGCUGUUACUUUGACUGUAUGGAACAACACUAAACAGUAUUUUUUGGAUUUCCAGGAUUUUACAUGAAACUUACAAAAGCUGUGUUGCUGACAAACUUUUAGUGUUUUCAUGCUAUUUACUAAGAUUAAAGAGCAUCUUGUACGUGACCUUGGAACUACAGGUGUUUUCUUUCCUAGCUGGUUAUGCAGCCUGUGUCUGGGAAAUAGUUAUUUCUUUCCUUGUCAUGUUUCAGGUAAAGCUAGAGUUGCUAAAACGUUAUAAAAUCCUGUGCUGUGGAAGGCUGCAGGAGUAUUCUGGGAAGCAUUCUUACAUAAUUGUCUCAUGCUUAUACUAUUCGUUAGGCAUUCACAAUUCAAAUAAAGAUACCAGUGAGGUGGACAUUUGGUGUAACCAAAUCCAGCUGGUUUAUCUCCAAAGAGGUCAGAAAGAUGCAUUCUAAUACGUGAAUGGCUCCUGUGUUUUUUCAGAGGUCUUCACAUAAUGCUGACCUGCAAAGCCAGCCCAUAUUCCUUUCACAGUGCUUGAUUAUUGGAGGACUCGGAAGGCAAAUAUUCAUCAAUACGAUGAACUCAUAGUCCUGAGUGUCAUGCUUGACCUGUGGACUUGAGUGCAAGACCAGAGUCGGCUGAGUCAGUUCCACGAAUUGGCUGUGUGAUCUUGGACAAGGCAUUUUGCCUUUCUGUGUCCACUCCCUGUUUUCAUAGUCAAGGUGAUGCCUCCUGCAUUUUUGACAGACAUGCCCAAGUUACUUCAUUAAUGAUUGUGUCUCGAAGAGGCAACUCUAUAGUAUUUUGCAUCUGAAAUUACAGCAGUCCUUACUUCACUCCUAAGCUUUGCAGUGUUUGAAGCAUCUCUACUGCAUUAUCAUUUGUUUGAAAGGAAACAAGCAAUGUUUUUGGAAGUUAUGAAAUGCUGUUGCUGCUGCAUCAGCCCAUUCCCCUUUAUAGGAGCCACAAUGCAGUCUUAAUGAUGUUUUUGAAAAAAUCAUGUUUUCCCCUUUCAGCAUUUCUUUCUUUAGGAUUUCAAUGCUGUUUAGGGUUUCAGUGAUGUCUCUUACUACAGCAGUGUCAGGUUUGGGUCAGGGCUUUGCUCUACUAGUUACUGUAAUACAUGCGGCUGGAGGUAUGGUCCAUGCCCUAAGGCAUUAAUGAUGUACAGCAGUGAGGGAGAAAGGAGAUGUUCCCAUCUGCUUGGAGUUCUCUGUUCCAGUGUUCUUGCAUUAAGGAAAUGUAGCUCAGUUUUGGUAGAAAAUUGAGCUCAGUUCUGACCUGCCUGUGUCUUUCUGCAUUUUCUCCUCAGCUUCGUGCCGUGCGUUUGAGAUUGGUGCAAAAGGGGUGACUGGAUUUGUGGUACUGUAUCUCUCUGGUGACUGCCCACCUAAAUGUAGUGCAGCAGUGCCAGGCCUAGGCUUGUAGGCAGCAAACUGCUUACAAGAUCUUGCAGCAUGGUUGUGACCUCAGGAAUGAGUUAAAAGUCAAGGCAAAAAGGGGAUGUGAAGUACAACAGUGCCUCUAGAGCAAAACUUGCUUAAUAGCAUUGGUCUUGAAAAAGUAAAAGCUGAGGAUCAACUUCUAAAGUGAGUAACGGCAUGAAGGAAUGCUAUAACUUUUCUCAGACCAUUCACUGUAGCAAAGGAGAGGAAAGGUCUCACUUUUGGGAACAAAGUGAAGAAUUUUAGAGUUGUUUCUGUGGCAGAGUGAGCCCAAGAAUGUUUCCACACAGAGGCAGCAGAAAUCUGGGUGUGAUCUCUGUUCCUUUUAGGCUUGGCACCCUCAUCUGUAAAAAGAUCCCCCUAGCAAAGGUUAGGAAAUGCAAUCCUGUUCCAGACAGAGCCUGCUUGGGGCAGGGGCGGGAGCAGGCGAUGGCCAGCCUCCACCCCUCACAGACUGGCCCUGUCCUGAUAGCUGCUCCUCCCCGCUUGCAUUUUGGCUGUUAACUUGGAUGCUGGUCACUAAUUGGUAAGUUCUUCCAAUCCCUUCCCUUGGGCUUGGUCAGUGGAAAUGCAUUUAUUGGUCCCUGGGCUGCCCAUCUUCUGCUCUGAGUAAUCAGGGGGCAGAGUCACUGAGGAACAGCCUACAAAGGAUCUCCAAGGGAUCCCCGCAAAGUUCAGCUGAAAUUACCUCCCAAGUCCCAGCAGCCACUUCUACGAGGACUCCCUCUCCCAAGACCAGCAAAGACAGAAGGAAGCCAACAAAUUCGUCCUACUGAAUCUGUAACUCAGAAAGAAGAAAAGCUUACCACUUCAAGCAAGACAACAAUUCGAACACUGUAACAGAAGGAAAGUUAUUUGAAGAGUAAUAAGCAUUGAACCUGCAGUUCCUUAACAAAAAAAGAGGAAAGCUACUGCUGUUUUAAGAUCAUAUGGAGCUGUGACAGAUCAUCUUGUAUCUUUCUGCUGAAGUUAUUCAACUCUAAGGACGAAGUUGUUUCAUUUUCUUUGCUUAAAAUUUUUUGUUGCUCACUGUUUGUGCUGCUUUCAUAUUCAGAACUGUGGGAAGGUUUGUAAGCCACACUGCUUUAGGAAAUUGAACUUUGACAUCAGCUACCACAGUGAUUUGAUUACUGGCAACAGUCCUUCCCGUGGAUGCUGACAGCUGGGAAGCGCUGACCAGCUACUGUAUUUGACCCAUCUGUUUUCUUCCCUUUGAGUACAUCAACAGGCACUACUAGCUCCUUGGUAUCUCACCACCAAGAUGGAAGAAGUCUGGGUCGUGUAUCUCUGCCUGAUCUUGCUUAUCAUAGUGCUUCUUCUAAUGAGGCAUAACCCACAUGUGGAAGAGGCCAAGAAGGAGAGGGAAAGCAAAAGCUCCCCACCACCCUCUUCCUUUUUCCCCAGUAGUGUUGGCAAACAACUGGAGCACACCCAGGAAGAGCUGGAGAACUAUCUGGACAGGCUAACCCACAUCUUGUUUGACACAGAAGCCAAGAAAAGGGAUGCCCACCAUGAUCAGAAGUCCCACCAUCACCAUCACAGAAGUGCUGAUGUUAUGUCUGAAACUAAGGAGCAUUCAGGAAAGGAGGCAGCACGCUCUCAGUCUCUGUCAAGCUACACAAGGGUUCAGGAGAAAACCACUCCUCCUGGAAGCACUGAGAAUAUUGUGGAAGAGAUUGAGCAAGCGGUUCAGGAGACGGUAGACACAGAUCUGUAUGUGAGAAGAAGACAGCGCCCGACUGCUUCCAGGAGAUACCGUGAGGGCUACCGGCCUGAAACAGCUGUUCAGCCCGAGACCGAUACUACUUAGAGCAGUAGCUGCUCCAGCUUCCACGGUGUGUGGCAGCAGCUUGCAGAACUAGUGUCAUCGCCGCCUUCCUGGAGGAGACCUGGAGUGAACCAAGGGGUUUGGUGGGGUGGGAUGGGAUCGGGGCAUACCUGGGUGAGGGGAACGCUUGACAUUGCAGCUCUGUUGUGGCUAAGGCAAAAAGCUUUCCCUGUGUUGAGGCCAGGUCAGGUACCUUUGCUGUUUCUUGAGAAUAAACAUCCUAUCUUGUUUGUACAGCUGCAGUCUUCAUCUAACCAGACAUUCACUGACUGAAGACAGGCUGCUCCACAGCAAUCCCUUCCCUGCUCCUCUCAGCAGCCGUAGCUUCCCAGCCAGCUGGUGGCCCUGGUCAGCACCAUGCGGCACUGAGAGAAAAGGCAAUGCCUAUAAGGAGAAGGCAGCAUCUCAAGAAACACCAGAUGGUCUGGCCUGGCCAGCCCAGUAGUUGCCUGUCUCAGGCAGAAUCCAAAGCUAUCUCUCAGCAGAAUCCAAAGCUAUCCCAUGACCUGAGGACUGCUGGCAUUUAUACCUGGUGGCUGCCUGGCUUGACCCUUCUGGCUAAGGGGAGAUGGGGUUUAUGCAAACACUGGUGGAACCAGGGGGCUGGAUGUGCUUCCCACUAUUGGGGUCCAGCCCAAAGUUGUCACCUGUGGCUUCAGUUUGUGUCUGUGACCUGAGAGCGAAGCCAGAGACUGUGGGGGCUGAGCACUGGUGCACAUUCUUCUUAGAGCUUUUUCUCCCAGUUCAAAGACUUUCCAAAGCCCUCUCCCACAUGGCAGCACUUGGAAGUCAGAGGAGUUGGAUGUGACCGGUGAUGCUGGGAAGCAGUGGGCAGGGGCUCAGUGGGGGAGAAGACCCAACACAGCUGGUAGAAAUGCUCUGGGCUGCUGAUCCAUCCCAUCUAGCCUGCUAAACCCCAUCCAGUGGCUUUUUCAGUCCCUUUUUUUUUGCAAUGUAAAGGCUGUCCCCAAAGCACUCUCACUUCUUCAGCCUGGAUCUGCAGUGAGUAUUUGACAUCCUCAGACUUUUUGCCUUUGUGCCAUGACCUGACAGAGGAGGGAGGAGAGCCUUCCCAAAGGCUGGUACGGUGACGCUUCUCCAGGAUAGACUCGGAGGCAGUAGUCUCUGCUUUGACCCCUAGAUCUCCUUGGCUUUUCUGGGCUAGUUGCAAGUCCUGUGGGGAGUCUUACCCUUAGCGCAGCUGGGUGGGAGAUAAGAACCCCCCCCCAAUGGCUGGGCUGGGGUGCUCUGCCAGUUAGAUGUCCCUGCUGCUGGGCUGGCAGAAAGGUACACAAAGGAGCAUUUUCUAACUGCUCCACACCCACUGUCCUUUCCCUGGGAUGUGUGCCAGUGAGACCCCAUGGGAAGCACAACACCAAUGAAUGUAGUCUGCCAAGAAAAGAAAAACAAAACAACUCUCGGCAGGUCUCUCAAGUCAUGAUGGUUAUAGGCAGCAACUGGGGAAGGAAGAAAGUUGAAGUGGAUAAAUAGUAAGGAUUUCCUCAGGAUUUCAUCUAGAGUGGAUGCAGGUGAGCAGCAUAAAGAUGCUUAAAAUAGCCUCCAGGCGGACAACAACUGCUCUCCCUUGAGAGGUGCCAGGACAGGAGCUCUUGGAGCAGGGGUGGGUUCAGCAGGAAGGACAGGUAAGGGCCACGCUCUCACCUGGGGCAGCAGAUCCACUUGGAGGGACAGCAUCCCCCAGAACCAGGCUGGUCCGCUUGGGAGCAUCACCUGGGUCCCAUGGAACAGGAUUGGUCACAUGUCUUUAUUCGUUGUAUUGUCCGAUCCCAGCACCAGUGGCUGUCAGGGUCACCCUGUGUUUCGUUCUGUCCUUCUGGGCAGAAUGCCUGUGGUGGCCAAAGCCACCUGCCAGCCCUUUGCAGAAGGGGAAGGGGACAGGGGGAGGCUACAGCUCACGUAACUCUGCCCCUGCAGUCUCCCCAGGCCCUGACAUCUGAUCCUAGGGGUGGGGAGCAUCUCCCAGCUGGGUGCUGUAAAACCCCACCUGAGGACCUCACAUCUUGGCCCCCUGAUGGGUACAUCCCCCCUCACCCAGUAGUAAAUGCCUGGUGUCUUUCAGCCUGCAAGGGACAGGUCAGCAGCUCCAAAAGCACUUUGUUAUAAGCAGUGGGGAGGUCUCCAGGUUCAGGAGGGCAGCGUGGGUUAGACUUGCUUUGCGGCAGCAGCCUUAGAGGCAGCACUCGCUAGUUGAGAGGUAUCACCGCAAUGUAGAGUAGCAAUAAAAAUGGAAAGGUCCUGUUAACUGCAGGGUGGGAGCUCAGAGAUGUCUCUGUCAUGACAGCAGAGCAGAUGUUUGGGGAGUGCUGCUCGGACUGUGCCAGGUCCUUUGCCCACACCGCCGAGGGAUGUUGGUGCCCGCGCAGACACAUGCUGGUGAUUGCUGCGGGUGCUGGCUGGGGCACAGCCUGGUAUCUCACUGGCAGCACUGGCGCAGGCAGAGCCUGGCAGGCAGCACAACAGCAUUGGCCAAGGGGGUUUGGUACAGCCUUGCUCUGCAAGGCUGAGCAAUGCUUCCAGGAUGCCAGGAGAGCUGCUGAGGCAGCCUGCAGCAAUAGGUGCGUGCAUCUGCAUGUGCAGCAGAGUCAGCUUGUUCCUUGUACAAACCAUUUGGAGUGAAACCACCAAUAAACACUGAGCAUUCUGUGCCUGCGUUAGC